AUGGUCCGAGGCAGCAAUGCUUGUGAAUGCUCGUUCUUGGAAACCACAGGAGAAGAGAAGGCAGCUCGUGUGCUCACAUCCUGCUUUGGCCGGAUCCUGCAGGACGACUCCUAUGUUCUUAAUAGCCAGAGAGAGACCUCCCGACGGAGAAGGCGCCGAUUGAAGCCAAGCGAGAUUCCCCAAGUCCUUGAGCCGUGGGGGCCCGAGACGUCUGGGGAGAGCGCCUUCGGGGAGAAGGGUCCUCCUCGCCCAGCCGUGUGGCCGGGGAGCCUCCCGGGGGAGCACAAGCGGUUCAGCCCCGCUGGACUUGCCCUGGCCGAGUGGCCGAAACACAGCGGCGAAGCCAAGUCUCACCCGUGCCCAGACUGCGGGAAGAGCUACGGGUUCCCAGGGGUCUUGGAGGACCACCGGCGCAGUCGCUGCAGCCUCGCCCCCUCUCCGGGAUGCCUCCCGCUGUCGCCCUCGGGCGAUGGGAGCCUCCCGAGGCCUGGGCUGGGCUGCCAGGGAGAGGCGGGGAGUGCCAAGCCCCUUUCUCCUCUUCCUGUGCCACCCGGGGAGAAGGGCUGGGCGUGCCCCUGGUGCCAGCAGCACUUCCGGCUGCAGGUGAACCUUCUCAUCCACCAGAGCAGCCACCUGGAGGCCGGAGGGGAGCAGGGCGGGCAGGACCGCCUGGCGUGCCGCUUCUGCCCGCGCCGCUUCGGGCGCUCGGACCACCUCCUGCGCCACCAGAUGAGCCACACGGGCGCCCGGCCCUACCAGUGCCCCUCGUGCGAGAAGAGCUUCACGGACAAGAGCAAGCUGACCAACCACUACCGCACGCACACCGGGGAGCGCCCCUUCCGCUGCGCCGCCUGCGGGAAGAACUUCAUCCGGCGCCACCACCUGGCCAAGCACCAGCGCACCCACACCCGCGAGAGGCCUCACCAGUGCCACGUCUGCCUGAAGGGCUUCAUGCAGAAGCACCACCUGCAGAAGCACAUCCGCACGCACACGGGAGAGAAGCCCUACCGCUGCAGCCAGUGCCCCAAGGCCUUCUCCUCCCAGCAGCGCCUGCUGCUGCACUGCUGCGCCCCGACGCAGGUGGUGGCGGCAUCAGCGGAGUCUGCGGGAGGCGGCUCAGCGGCGUCCGCCACCGCCCUCCUCUCAAAACAUUGAUGUACCUCCUGCGCCGUUCACCGGGCCGAUCUUCCGGUCUCCCGCCUUCAGAAGGGGCAUGGGGAGCAGCGCCCGCGAUGCCGCCAGCUUGCUCAAGAGAUCCCUCGCCGGACCUCGGCUCUCUCCUGCGAGCCUUGGCGGCAGAGGGUGCGUUGCAGAGCCUGAGCUGCCAUGGCAAGGCGAGCGCCUUGCAGGACAGCAGCUCCUCUGCGCCUUCAGUGUAAAUGGUAAAUCACAUAAGGGUGGCGUUUCCCCGAUGGGGACUUUGGUCGUUGUGGUGCUAACGUGUGCUUAGAAGGGGGUUGAGCAUGAAUGUAAGUAUUAAGAAGUCUUAAAGGUGGCCGCCAGCGCCAUCUUUUCUUUUGUUUCCAAGGCAAUCGCUGUCGUUGGACUACAACUCCCAUCAUCCGUAACUGGCAGCACCCCAGUGGUCAGGGAUGAUGGGAACUGUAGUCCAAAAAAUCAGCUGGAGAUUCAAGUUUGGCAAACCCUGGACUAGGCCCUGAUAUAGCUCAGGUGCCUUUUCCGGGUUAGGGUGGUCGUCCGAAAGAGGGAGGGGGAUUUAGAUCUGGGGAAAUUUGAUGUAAAAUAUUAAAAUGGUGAAGAAGUAAGCCUGGUUACGUAAGCCUGGAAGAGUGGAGAAUAGGACUCGGUUUGUGUCUUGCUGCGUUUAAAAGAGCCCUAUCCAGCGUCUUCGUGGUUUCAAGCUCUUAAUCGCAGCUGGAAUGGCCAGCCGACCUCUGAAGCCACACACAACCCCAGUGAAGCGAAGCUCCUUCAUCUCUUUUCCAGAUGUCCAAGAGGUUCACCAUGCAGACUGGGCCACGGGGCUCUUAUUCAGCUGAUGCCUUGCUGCAGAGUUGGAACCAAGCGUUUGGGGAGUCUGGAAAGGGCAGGACCCAGGUGGGGGCACCCACCUUGCCUGAAACCUCACCCAAUGGGACUGUAACAACACCUUCUACAAUGCGUGGUCCUUGGGACUGUGGAACUUCCAUUCUUUUCUGAAAUACUUUUCCUGCAUCGAUAGAUUUUUGUUUCUUUAAAAACCCAAACUUUUGUCCUUUAGGGGCUGGACAUUCUGUGUUGUGGUUUUGGAUAGAUAUAUUUUUUCCUGAUUUUGUAAUCCUGCUGUAAAGGCUUACCUGGGGGGAAAGAUACACACUGGAAAUGCAAA